AUGGAUGGUAAAAAAUCUAUGGCUUCCUUCUACGAGAAGGGUGAAAUAAUGUAUCAACGUGGACUAUUCUUGAUGCAACGUGGACUGUUUAGAGAAGCUAUUAACGCCUUCGCAAAGGCGUCUUUCUUCGUACCACAGAAACCGCAACCUCUUAUUACAGCUGCCGAGUGUUAUGUUUCGCUUUGUGAUUUUCAAGGAGCUGUUAAACAAUAUCGUCGUUCACUGUGGUUAUUGCGUCCACGUGAGAAGGACCAGAAUGAAGAGGGUUUUCACGUGGAUACUUUACGUUUUGAUAUGCCUCUUAAUCCUGCAUCUAAAGAUGAUGAUGUGGAAAGUUUUGACUUGGAUGUGAAUGAAGCUAAUUAUGAAGAAGCGAGUUUCUCUCAGAAGUCUAGUCGGCCCGUCUCUGCGAAUCCAUUUUUAUCCACACGAGUUUCCUCUCGAGGCCGAACGACCACGGCGGCAGGGGCGAGAUGUGGGGAUGAACAGGCGCUUACAGAGGCCAUACAGACACGCUUGGCAGGUAUUUUAGAUGCCUUAAGUAUGGUGCUUUUUAAUGCGAAGGACUAUGCACAGGCAUUGCGGUUUGCAGAUGAAUCGCUUGAACUUCGUCCACAUCCACAAGUGGAAUUACACCGUUGUGCGUAUCUUAUUGCCCUUGAACGUGAGGAUGAUGCGGAGAAGAGUUUAGAAAAACACCUUCAUGAUAAUCCGAAGUUUUCUAUUGAAUCUAGUUCUUUAUUAGUUCAUUUAUAUUGUCUACGUCAGGCGUUUAGACAUGCAAAGGAAUUACUAGAUAAAAUACCGAUUGAAGAACGUCAACAUCCACAAGUAUUACUAGCUCAACAUAUAUUUGAUUCUUCUUAUUCUGUCUUUCGUCAACGUUCAAUAGACCAAUCAGAUUUUCAAGGACUUACACGUUGCCUUACAGUGUUUCCAGAGGAUGCCGCAUUAUUAUAUGAACGUGCUAAACAUCAUAUUAAUAAAGGAAUGGAAAAGAAAGCCGUACCGGAUUUAUUUCGUUGUAUUAAAGUUUCAGAUGGUCAUCACAAAGCUGCGAUAGAGUUAAUGACACAAACUCUUUUUCAUCUUGGUUCAACUGUGGAUGGAACCAAUAGUAUUAAAGAUGCUAUUGAAUAUUAUUCUACAUCUCUUAUAUGGCAAGCUGAUAAUAUUCCAGUUCUUCUUGCUCGUGGUGAUUGUUAUGUAAAACUGGAAGAUUAUCAACGAGCAUUACAAGACUUUAUGCGAGUAGAAAGUAUUUGUCCAAAAUAUCCUCCUGCUACUCAACGAAUAGGUUUUUUACAUGAUGUUUGGGGUUCAAAAUUUCAUUCGAAAGGUAAAUUACUAGAAGCUGAACGAGAGUUUAGUAAAGCUAUUGCUACAUUUGAUACGGAACCUCUCUUUUAUUAUCAUCGAGCCUGUUGCCGAUUUGACUUGAAUGAACCUCGAUAUGCUUUACGUGAUGUUUUAUCAUGUCAACAACUUAAUCCAACAGAUCCAAUCAUUAAAGACUUUGUUUAUGCACAUCUUGGAAAAAUCACCACAAAUGCGGAUGUGCAAGAAAAAAAUGAGGUAAAAUUGCCAGAAUUAGCUUCAGGUGUUUCUCGUCGUGUGAUGUUACUUUACGGUAGUUCUGAUGCUAAGAGACUCAGAAGAAAACGUAAUCAAGAAUACAAUAAAUCAAUGAUAAGAGAAGAAGAAGAAGAAGGAGAGGCAGAGGAAGAAGAAGUAGGAAAUGCUGCUAGAGCUUCUCAUCUAAUGUUUGGCACAGGGAAAACAUCAUCGUCUUUACGAUCCGUAUUGAAGUGUAAAAAAGCGACUUUAUCAAUGCCCGACAAUCAUGCAGGUAGUUUUGGUAAAAUGUAUUCUAUAUCGCCACGUGAAGGCAAAAAAAGUGCUUAA